GGUUCAGUAACAUCCAGCAGCUGGAACUGAAACCCGAUUGGUUCCGAAUCCCGGAACGAUCGGAUCCUCAUCUUCGGCUCUCGUGUCCUUCGGGCUUUUGGCGUGCCGUAAAAAUAAAUGAAAACUUUUUCUUUUCCACGUGCACUUUGUCCUUAUUUGUUUGCAUUCGGACGCCGCCGAGCGGAAACAGUCUUACAGCGACUGGACAUUUGCAGGGUUGUGAUGUUAUGUUUUUGAGCUAUUGUCACCAGCGUGUUGUUAUCGCAGUGGAUUUGUCAUUAUUCUGGUGGUGAUUUUUUUUUCUGACACAACCGAGGCGUAUUUGUAGGAGCAACAAGCUCCUGUAGGAUUUAUAUACGCGCUCUGCGGCUGCUAUGUGGAAUCAACUAGAAGAUCCAUCACACUGCUCUGUUCUCAUUACAUGGAAAUGGAUCCAGUGUAGCUGGACAUUUCUGUUCAAAUAGAUCCAGGAGAUUGCAUUCGACACAACGCGUUUUUGUUUAUAUUUGCUGGACAAACAUUUGUUUUAUCUUUUGCUGGGAGUGAUAUCAUAACAUCGAAUUAAAAAAAAUGGGAACUCAGGUGACGGGGAGGAAAAGAAUUCCGAAUCGGGAGAAAGUGUCGGCGGAGGAUGAUGCUCUGAACCAAAUAGCUCGAGAGGCGGAGGCGAGACUGGCGGCCAAGCGGGCGGCCCGGGCAGAAGCUCGAGAGAUCCGCUUAAAGGAACUGGAGAGGCAGCAGAAAGAGAUUUAUCAAGCUCAAAGGAAAUAUUAUGGGCUGGACAGCAAAUGGGGCCAUAUUGAGCAGUGGAUGGAGGACAGCGAGCGGUACUCACGCCACUCACGGAGACACACGUCGAUCUCAGAUGACGAGGAGCGGAUGUCUGUUGGAAGUCGGGGCAGUUUGAGGCCUACGGACUAUGGGGGGGUUUUGGGCUCUGGUUCCAGGGCCUCGUCACGGGCCAGCUCAGCUCGCGCCAGCCCAGUGGUGGAAGAAAGAUCGGACUUCCUGGAAAAGGGAUCAAGGACGGCAUCGACUCUCUCUGCUGCCACUUUGGCCUCACUAGGUGGCGGCUUUUCUCGAAGAGGCAGCUGUGAUACCUCCAUAUCUGUUGACACAGAAGCCUCCAUGCGAGAGAUAAAGGACUCUCUGGCUGAAGCUGAGGAGAAGUAUCGGAAGGCGAUGGUGUCUAACGCUCAGCUGGAUAAUGAGAAGUCCAACUUGAUGUACCAAGUGGACACACUGCGAGACACGCUGAUGGAGCUGGAGGAGCUGCUAUAUGAGUCACGCAGGGAGUGUGACGAGAAAACAAAGGAGUGUGAUCGAGAGCGGCAUGCUCACAGUGUCCUGCAGUUCCAAUUCGACGAAAUGAAAGAGACGUUAAAACAGAGCGAGGAAUUACUAAAGGAUGCACAACAGUUGCGCUCAAAGCAACAGAGCUAUAUUAGCGAGAUCUCUGAUCUACAGGAAACUCUGGAAUGGAAGGAGAAAAAAAUCAGGGCCUUAGAGAGGCAGAAGGAAUAUUCAGACUUAAUCCAAGAUGAACGUGAUGCACUGAGGGAUGAGGUUUUCCGGCUCAGGGAUGCUCUAAAGAAACAUGGCAUAUCCCUUGGAUCUGAGGUGACAACAAACGGCGAGACAGGAAGCAACAUGACUAAUGGACCUGAACGCGUAGAUUCGGCUCAAGACACACCAGCUAACAGUGCUGACAGUAUUUUAGAGAGAUCUCCAGAGGACCAAGUGCCUGAAAUGAACAUCACAUCAUACAUGGAAGAAAAGUCCAAGAUAAAUGCAGAAGUAAAAGGAGCUGAAGAUAUGGAUUACGGUGCAAGAGCGUCAUACAGUUUUGUACAGAUUCAAGAGGACCACAGAGCUCCUGAAACAAAUGAAUUUGAAAGGGGUCAGUUAGUCUGUGUUGCAAAUGUACCAGAGGAAACAGUUCAAGAAGGUGCAGUAGCUCAAAAUGAAAGCAUCAACAAACAAAACAAGAAGGACAUGGAAGAACCUUGGGUGAAGAAGAAGACAAGAGCCACUGAAGUCCCAGAAAGACCUUGCACACUUGCACCAUACCAAUUUAUUACAGCUUAUGAUCAACUCAAUCCUACAACUAGUCAUUCGAGCCAAGCAUAUAAAGAAACAUUGGAGAAAAUGGAGCUACCUGGAACCACCAAAAUCUAUCAAGAUCCCAGAAACCCCAUUCCCAGCACAGGUGUAGAGAUGACCAGCACCAGAAGAGGAGAUCUUUCUUCAAGCAGUGAGCAGGAGUCUGAAACAGUGCUGGAACUUGAAUCAGGAGAUGUUCAAAGUUGCUUGUUUACCAUCCCUGUGGAGGAGAAAGGCAUUGCUUCAUUUUUAGACAGUUGCCAAGAAGCCUCAGCGUUGGACUUUGAAGUCAUAAGUCUAAAUGAAACAGAUAGGGCCAGAUUUGAGCAUCAGGAAGAGACACGCCUUACUGGAGAAAACACCAGGCCCAACAGGAUGAGGCUUAGGAAUAAGAGAGGACAGGAUUGUAGUGUGUCUUAAUUUUAUUAUUAUAUAACCAAGUAAAUAAUAAAUAGCAUUCAAAACAGAAAUAGUGCUCUACCAAAUACGAGGUUGAAAUUAAUGUUACUGAUGAUCAGUUUCUCAGAUCUUAUGGUACUCUAAAUGACUACUUCAGAUGGCCUUCUUCAGAAGGUAAACCAGUUGAGUCUGGUGAUGUAGACAGUAUUAGCAUGAAUAUUCCUAAUCAAACAUGCCGAAUUAAACCAUUCCCAAAUAUAUAGUCUCCUCUGAAAUUAUUGGAACAGCAAGGCUGAUUUUUUUUUUUCUUUUUUAUUCACUGUAGACAUUUGGUCAAAAGAUGUAUAUGAUAUGAUAUAGACCAGAAGUUCAGAUUUCCUUUCCUGAUAUUUACAUCUAGAUGUGUUAAACAACUUUUGUUUGAACCCACCCAUUUUUGAAGUGAUAAAAAUAUUGGAACAUGUGAUUGACAGGUGUUUAUUGUUGCCCAUCUGUGCUUUUUAGAUUGAGUGUUUAAACAAUCAAUAGCUCUUUGCUUGGUUUGGGAGAAAUGCAAGCCAUUUUGAAGCUGAGGAAAGAUGAGAUAUGAAGCAGAGCUAUUCCACAAGCAUUAGGCGUGGUCAAUACAUCAAUAUGAUAUGAAGGAAGAAACCACUGGUACUAAAAAACCAGACAUAAAACAGGUCAGCAAUGCAGAACAACAGCAGUUGAUGAUAGAUAUCUGGGGAGAACAGUGAAGAUAAACCCCAAAACAACAAUCAGUGACAUCAACAACAACCUCAGCAGGGCAGUGGUGAAGGCAUCACAAUCCAGCAUUCAAACAAGACUUUGAGUGCAGAAAUAUAACACAAGAUGUACACCACUCAUCAGCCAUAUGAACCAGAAGCCAGCUUGGAAUUUAGAAAGAAAUAUAGAGAUGAGCCUUAAAAGUGGACCAAGAUGAACCAAAGUGAUGGAAAGGCCAAAGUGUGGAGAAAGAAAGGAUCAAAAGAAAGGAUCUGCUCAUGAUCCAAAACAUACAGUACAAGCUCAUUGGUAAAGCAUGGUGGUUGUAGUGUCUUAGGACUUGCAUGGCUGCUUGUGGAGCAGGAUCAUUAAUCUUUAUUGAUGAUGUAACUCAUGAAGGUAGCAGCAGAAUGAAUUCAGAAGUCUACAGAAAUAUUCUGUCUGCAAGUUUACAAAGAAAUGCAUCCAAUCUAACUGGGAGGAACAUCAUCAUGCAGCAAGACAAUGAUCCAAAACACACUGCAAACAAGAAAAAGUGGAAGCAUGGUUUAAGAGUUUCACGUCCUUAAGAGGAGACUGGAGGGAGAAUUCUUAAAAACAACCAACAACUGAAAGAAGCUGUGGUACAAAUGUGGAAAAGCAUCACAAAAGAAGAAUGCAACAAUUCGGUGAAGUCAGUGUGUCACCAGCAUGAUGCAGUUAUCGCAAGCUGUCCAUAUAAUUUUGCUCAUUUAGAAAUUAGGUGAUCCGCCACCAAACAUGCCAUGUUCAAAUUCCAUUUUUUUGUCACAUACACGAUCAUACACCGUACUCAUACACUGUCCUUGUUAUAUAAAAAUAGUAAGAUAGAAUCUAAAAAUGGAAUUAACCGAAAGAUAAGAUCAAAAUAAAUACAAAUAGAAAUUAAAAAAAAAUGUAAGGAAAUAUAUGGAAAUAAAGUGACAUUUUGCAAUAAAGUUGUUUAACACAUCUAAAUAUAAAUAACAGGAAAUGAAAGCUGAAAUUCAUAUCUACUUUAAUCAUUUUCAUCAUUUGAUUUCAAACCGACGUCAAAACUGCCAUUUCACUACUUUUGGAAGGGACUGUAUUAAUGGCUUGGGUCAAGUAAUUGCUUGGGUCACUUAUACUGCACCUUUGAGUUUCUAAUUCUAGAGCAUGUUGAUUGGUUUCAAUAGAAAUGCUGAUGUAUUAUCUCUUUAAAUACUUGACUAGCAGUGUAUGUUAUUUUUAGUAUUGUAAACCUUCAGAAAACUUUAUUACCUAGUCGGUUAUCUGAUAUCGAAGUAACAUUUCAAAACUACAUUUCUGUCUAAUGAAUUUGUAUCAUUUCACUAUAAGUGUCAAUAUCAGUGUUAUGAAGAAUAAAAACACACCAGCUCUGAAGGAUAUGGUAACACAAGAAUGAAGUGUUUCACCAAGAUCAAAUUUCUACUUUAUUUAUUUUUUAUUACAUUAUGAAACGCUAAAACACCUUUAAACAUUUCCUAAGGUUAUCCCGAGUCUAUAUAAUCUCCAAAACACAGUUUCAGAAGUAUUUUUGCUCAUAAAAAAAAUGACUUUUUGUUUCAAAAUGCAUCCACUGAAUCAAAUACAGUAAUAAAUAGGGUUUUUUUUUCCAUUAAACACACAUUUUAUUAGGACAAUCACUAGAAACAUACAGUGAGCAUUAAAAAUAAUAAAUAAUUGCAUAGUAACAGCAUAACAAACUUCUUGCUUCUUAGCACUGUGGUUCUCUACAUUGUAAUGAGCCAUUUAACAUGAGAAUUUAAAUUACUAAUACUAGUUUAUUUUACAAAACAUCUAUUAACAGGUCCCUAUAACAAAAUUACGAUGUGAACAGACAACAAGCCUAAUAGCAGUAUUUAUAAUUUGAUCAUAUUAAAUAUUUUUGCAUGCAAUUGCAUGGAAUUUGAGAUUUGUUUGUUUAUUUAAAGUGAUUUUAGACUUUUUUGGAUUAUGUAAUCAAAUGUAAAUUGUCUACACUUGCCAUACACUCACUCUAUUAGAAACAUCAUAUUAAUACAGUGUAAUAUUCAUAGCAGUAGUAGUGUAGUGUUCAUAGCAUGGAUUCCAAUGAUUCUGGAUUGUGUUGAUUUAAUUGUUAUUUGAUUGCUAUUGAUUUGAGUUGCACAUUUGUGCUAUGAAGCUCUUGUUCUUACCCAGCUCUACUGUAUUGUUUUCUGCUUGAUUGAGAAAUUCAUAUAUGAUGAAACCAGUUUGAGUCAGUAUGCUUUGUGACAUGAAGCUUUAUCAUGCUGGAAGUAGAAAUCAUUAUGAGUUUAAACUGUGGCCAUAAAGGGAUCCAUGUGGUCAGCAACAACACAUCAGAUAGUCUGAUACCAUGCACGAUUGGUACUAAGGAGCCCAUUGUGUGCCAUUCCUCACACCAUUACACCACUACCACCACCACCAGCAGCCUGAACUGUUGACACAGGCUUGGCAGGUUUGGUCCUGGGUUCAUGCCAUUGACUGGUCUUUACGCUACCAUCUGCAUGUCGCAGCAGCAAUCAAGAUUCAUUAGACCGGGCUUAAUUUUUCCAAUCUGUCCGUUUUUGGUGCCCAGGGUAGCAUCAAUUUGCUGUUCUAGGUUUUUUUUUUUUUUUUUUUUUUUGCUCAGCACACUUGUAAAGAGCUGCAGAUCUGCUGCUGACUAGAUUUCUGUUUUUCUGAUCAUUCUGUCUAAAAUAGUGUGUGGGAUUCAGCCCUUUUAUGAAACACAAACCAACAAUCAUGCCACGGUCAUCAAGUCACUUUUCACCGUUCUGAUGUUUACUGUAAACAUUAAAAUGAUGCUUGUGAACUGUAUGAGUGUGAUAUUGUGCAUUGCACUGCUGCCACAUUGUUAACAGAUUUGAUAAAUGCAUGGAUGUGAAGAUGUUCUUAAUAAAGUGGACUGUGUGUU